UCCAGAGUACGCGACAUCCACCUUGUGCCUGCGCAACUUGUUGCUGGUCGCAUACCUCACCUACUCGUUAUCCCAGGACAACGUUCCCAUCUCUUCUUUUACCCGUACUUUACCAUCUUCCAUCUACCCCUCUUCUACUCGAUACCGGGUGGAAUUGCUACUGUCGCCCGUCGUCCUCUUAGAGCCUGUCUUGUCCAAUAUCAUCAUACACGACGAUUUCCACUUCCCGCUCCGAACUUGAGUUUACAUCAACCUUUACCUCCUUGACCGAUUUUCAAUCCCAACGUGAGAUUCAUCAUGUCUCUCCGCAUAGCUCCUUCGUCCGCCCACCCGACGAGCACCACCAACACCAGCUCCUCCAAACUUUCCUCCUCCACGACCGCCGCCACCUCGUCCAACGGUCCCAAAGAUCUCGACCGCGGCGCCCCUUCGGCCCCGGGUCUGCCCGACACACUCCGGUCGUCCCUGUCCCCCUCGACCUCCUCGACGACGACGACAUCAUCCACGCACCCCCUCGAAUCCCGCCUGGCCAACUGGACCGCCACUCAAGAGUCGACCCGCAUGACGCUCCUGCGCCGAACCUUUGGCGUCGCCGAGCCCCUCCGGCGCGGGAUGGAACUGAAAAUGGUCCGCGACGCCGACGCCUUCCGACCCACGGUCCUGGGUGCGCCGAGCAGGUUGCACGAGGACAUCCUCACGGGCAGGGACGACGAGGUCAGCUGGGAGGACAUCUACGACGGACAGGACGGGGUGAAGCUCGGCCUGGACGCCGGCGGGGACGGGUCGGCCGUCGGAUGGACCGAGGAGAUCGAGCGCAAGGUCGGCAUGUGGAAGUGGUAAGGGGGGGAUCGAGAGAUUGGUGUGUGGUGUCGAGUCGAUUGGGGUUGCGUGGUGUCGAAUCGUUUGCCGUGUCUGCGAUCUUUUCAAACCAAACGAAGACCGCGAGAGGCAAGGCAACGACGAACACUGGGUACAAAGGUGUGUACCAUUGCUUUCCUGUGCGUCAGGCACAGACGAGCCGAAGAGCACAGCGGUCUAUCAUGUCCAGUAACACGUUACAGAGAGCGUGACCAGGCGAGGGAACAUACUUCCAGUUCCUGGCAUCAUGCAUCUUAUUUCUGUUUCUCGACAAUCUCAGAUACCGAUCAUGGCAGCAUCCUCUGAUCAAGAAUGCCCCAGGACGGUCAAUCAAGGAGUUCAGGGAGUGUGAACCAGAGGCGGAUUUAGUCGAGCCUCGCCGGUACGCGUAGAAUGCUCAGCAAUGAAAUAAAAUGUAUUAACACCGCUGGUCUGAUCUUGAGUGUCACACGAGUAGUUAAUACAAAUCAUUACCGUUCAUUUUCCACAGUUCGAAACCCUCAUAAAGACGAAAAGGUAAAACGGGCUUUCAGCUAUCCGCAGAGAGCCGG